AUCACCUACACCGGAAGUCAGGAGUAUCGCAGUGAGGCUGGGCUGCCAAAGACCACAAUUCUGCCAGGCCACAUUGUCCGUUGGCCUCAUCAAUCCUCUUCCAGACAUUUGGGUCUGGCAAGUCCGAUUGAAGGGGACUCGGACAAAAGAUCGUCAAGUCAGGCCCUACGCCCGGUGCAUCGGAUACAACUGGAUCAAUUGCAUGCUUAUGCUACCUACGAAAUAGACGUACGUGCAAUUUAUAGACCUGCCCAGCACAAGUUGACAAGUUCCGGAUCACCCAGACAAGCCGGUUAUGAACCGGUUCUCGGCAUGUCAGCCAAGAUCGAGUGCCGUACCACAUGGGACCGUAAGUGUAUUCAUGCAUUAUAA